AUGAGCAACCCCGUGGAUGAUGCAUCAUCUGGUGCUCUCCUCGGAGCUCAUUGGACUCAACAAGGACUGCCUGCAGACGACACUGAUGAUGCAGACUCAACACUUGGUGACGAGAUCGAGAGCUCGACCGCUUCCCUCUCGUCCAGCAUUUUGAAUUAUCGCAAUAUCAAUGGCCGAACCUAUCACAGCCAUGCCGCCAUGGAUGAAGAAUACUGGGCUCCCAAUGACCCGAAGCACCUUGAGGCCUUGGACAUUUUCUACCACGCCAUCGACAUGAUGCUUGAAGGAAAGCUGCAUCAAGCGCCUCUCAGCCAAAACAUUGAGAAUGCCGUCGAUAUUGGCACGGGUUCGGGAUUGUGGGCCAUCGACUUCGCUGAUCAGUAUACCAACUGCACCGUAAUCGGCACCGACAUCUCUCCUGUGCAGCCUAGCUGGGUGCCUCCUAAUCUCCUCUUCGAGAUCGACGAUGCCACCAAGGAAUGGACCUUUAGGGAUGACUAUUUCGAUUACAUCCACAUGCAGCUACUAAACGGCGCUUUCGACAGCCUUACCCACAUCUAUAGUCAAGCGUUCCGGUGCUGCAAGCCCGGUGGCUGGCUCGAGCACGUUGAUACUUCAGUCAUGGUUACGUCUGAUGACGGAUCUGUCAAGGAGAAUAGUCCGUUGGGUCAGUAUGGCAAACUGUUCGAGGCAGCUGGUAACCGGGUCAACCGCAUGUCCAGGACCGCCGAUUUCACUACAAUGGAGGAUGCCAUGAAGGAGGCAGGCUUUCAAAAUAUAACGGUCAAGAAGUUCAAGAUACCCAUCUCGCCCUGGCCGUCAGACAAGAGGAUGAAGGAUAUUGGCCUUUACGCCUAUGCAACCAUGACGACCGAUGUUGAGGGUAUCAUACAAUUCAUGUUCGGUACCAUCUUGGGCUGGUCGCAACAGGAAAUUGCUGUGUAUGCCGAUCUUCUGCGUCGGCAGCUCAGGAGGAAGGACGUACAUGGAUACUAUACCUUGAAGGUUGUUUAUGGCCAGAAGCCACAGUAGGAUAAACAAGAGAAGCUGGGUAACGGAGAGGAGGGGGGCAGAUGGGGGCGGAUGAGAGCAAAUAAGGUGUGCUGCAGAGAUCGGUUAUAUGGAGUUGUGGUGUUGAUGUCCAAGUUGAGUCUGGCUACGGCCUUCGGGAUUUCGUCGUUUGGUCAAGUAUACCCUGGUGGUAGUCGUUCGUACGACAUUCCAGCAAGAUCUGGGUUUUUUGUCAACUUACUAGGUAUGUAGGUGGUAGUAUACUUCAAUGAUUGGAGCGGCUGGACUGCCUGGGAUGAUAUAAUAGACCAAGUCAACGCGCGCGAAAGGGAAUUGCUCCGUUCGCUAUGGCCGCCUUAGGGUACGGUAGGUAGUUAGAAAGAGUCUUGCGCCAGAUG